AUGAAUCCACCCAAUCAACCUAUAGUAAGGCUGAAUCUGCAACCUCCAGGAGUUUUCAGACCCGAUCCUCAAGGAAUGUUCGGACCCGAACCUCCAAGAGCUUUUAGACCUCCAGCUCCACGCAAUGAACCCCCAGGAAUGAUGAGAGCCCCAGUUCCACGUGCUAGAAGAAAUGAUGCACCAAUGUUCGCCAGGCCUCCAAGAGUGAGACCAUUACUAGAUGAUGAUUUCUUGAGAGGAGUUCCACCUGUGCCCCGCGUUCCACCUCAACGCCGCAGACGUCCGAGACCAAACGAUCCAAUGUUUCCGUUGCUUCACGGAAUGCCUCAGGGACCUCUUGGAAUCGACAGAAAUGCUUUGCGACGUGCAAGACCCGCUAGACACGGAGAAUUAUUUGCUCCUCCACGUGGAGCGCAGUUACCAGCACACGUUCUGCUUGCUCAAAUAAGAGGUCGUAAUCCAAUGGGACCAGCAUUUGGUGAAAGACUCAUUGUCGAAGGUCGGAGAGUUAAUGAGAGAAGACGUGCUCGUGAAGCAGAACAGGAAGAAGUUGUAGGACCUCAGGAACGUGAGAGACGCGAAGUGCAGCGCCAACUGGAAAACCUUCAUGAUGAGCUUCUGGACCGCAUCGAUGACUUGGAGUUGGAAAACUUUGAUCACGAGUGUGAAAUCGAGGAGAAUGAAAUAAUGAUCGACAGAAUGGACAAUAUCAUGGAUUCGCAGUAUCGAAGACUUGAAGACACUAAUAGAAGACUCGAAAAUGCAAGACAGGAACUUGCCGUUUCUCGACAGGAGACUGAACAUGAACGUCUAUUGAAAGAAGCGCGUACUUUGGAACUGGAGAAACAGAAGGCGUUGACAGAGAAGUACAUGUUGGAGGCUGCCGAGCUACGCAAUCAGUUGGAUGGAUUGGUUCCAUCAACAAGUGGCCCUGUUCGCAAGUCUUUACGACAAGCAGCUCUGAAGAGAGGGUAA